UUCACCGGGUUGCAUCUGUACCUGUGGGUGUCUGCCUGUUGCAGCAUUCAAGAAACUGCCAAAUGUCUUUCAGUUUGCAUCAGCUUUUGAGUGCCUGAGCUCCUUGAGCUGUGCUAAUCUUUUGCUGAUAAAGCAAUGAGGAAAUAGAGUCCCAAGUGCAGGGAGGAAGAAUUUUUCUCUUCAAGGGUGACUAUGGUAUCUUUCAGUCAUCUGCAUAGGUGCCAUGCUGCUAAAGGGCAUAAAUAAAUGCUUAGGAAAAGCAGAAGCUGGGACUUCUGCUUUUCUUCAGGCUAUUUUUAUGCUUAUCCAUCUGCAUCUUGUUCCUGUGUUUUCUCCCCCUGUGGCAUCUUGUCAGCAAUCGAGAUGGAAUAGGUGUAGAAAGAGAGAAACUCUGGAGAAACCAAGUACCAACUCCAGUCAACAUCACUUCACCCCCCAACAGAGCCUUAAUCUGAAGGACUUUCCAUCUCCAGAGUACAGCAAUUAGCCUGCGAGCACUCCGCAGCCCCAGUGACAUCCCUGCUCUUCCCUGCGGGGCCGCUGCCGGAGGAGGAUGGAGCCGAGCUUUGCCCAGAUGCUCUGCACGCUCUGCCUGGCCACCACAGUCUGUGCCUUCACCCAGGAAGAGUUCAAGGAGGUGCUGCUGAAGCAGCUGGGGCUCUCCGAGGUCCCUAAGCUUCACAAGAGAGACCUGGUGGACCUGGUCAUCCCAGAGCACGUGAGGAACAAGUAUAUCUCCAUGCUGAAGCGCCACAGGGUGAAGCGCCGUGCCUCGCCGAGCCUGGGCAGCAUCCUCCGGGGAAUCCCUGGCAAUGCAGACAUUGGGGGAGAUGUCCUCUAUCCUGACCCCACACGCCAGAACCUCGUCUUUGACAUGGAGGGGAGAAUACCGAUAAACAGCGAGGUGACAAUGGCUGAGCUGAAACUUUUCAAGAAGCCCUUGGACAGGGCAAACCUGCCUGCUAAGCAGUCUCACAGGCCUGUCUCCAACGCCAGAGUCAGUGUCUACUGGGUGCAGCGGCAGCGUGAUGGCACCAACAGGACCUCCCUCAUUGACUCCCGGCUGGUUCCAGUGCGAGAGUCGGGCUGGAAGAACUUUGACGUGACACAGGCCGUGCACUACUGGCUGCGAAACAAGAGGCAGGAGCCCAUGGUCCUGCAGGUCUGGAUCGAGGGGGAGCGAGUAGGCAGUUACGCCUCGGAGGUGGCCAAAGCAGUGCGCUUCACCUCGCAGGACCCCAGGGACAAAGCCAUGGGCAAGCCCGAGCUGGUGGUUUAUACCCUCGACUUGGAGGACUACGGGGGCCCCGGGGACUGCAAGGAUGGCAUGGUGACGGGGAAGUCCACCUGCUGCCGUCAGAAGCACUACAUCAGCUUCCGUGAGCUCUCCUGGACACAGUACUGGGUCAUUGAGCCAGCUGGGUACCAGGCUUACCGGUGCCAGGGGGGCUGCCUGCAGCCCCCCAGGUCCCUGCAGCACUUGGGGGCUGGGGGACGUGCCUGCGCUGUGGCCGAGACCUCCUCGCUCCCUGUCAUGUACCUGGUCAGGAGGGGCAACCGCACCGAGAUUGAGGCAGCUGAGUUUCCCAACAUGAUCAUCGAGAAGUGCAGCUGCAUGGCAAAUGGUGCGGCGCUGGUGUGAGGGACAGAUGGAUGGACAGGACUUGUGACACCUGUGGGCUCAGAGGAGCAUCCAUCCUCACCCAAACCUAUGUGACUUACACCUCGCUGGAUUUGGUGGAGCUGCUUCCAGGUUAUUUCAGUCCCCACCCCAGGGUACUGCACACAGCUGCAGGCAAAAGGCAAGGACAAUGAUCGCUGCCAGGUGCAGAAGUCACACCUGGGUUUGACUUUCAGUUCCUCAGCCUCCAGCGCUCUGUGAAUUUUGGUCCUUGUUUGUCCAAGUCACGUUUAUUGUGGAUUACAGAGCAGAAGCACUUACAUGUAUAUAUUGUAUACACACAAUAUACACAGGUAUCACACACAUACAUAUAUGUAGUAUACAAACAUAUGUAUUGUAUACAUGCAUAUUGUAUAUAUACAUAUUGCCUACAUACAUACAUAUAUGUACAUGGAAUAUUGUCCAGAGCUCAAAGGAAUUUAUAUAUAUGUGCAUAUAUAUUGUAUGUAUGUAUACUUAUAUAUAAAUGUACAUAUGAUAUUGUCCAGAACUCAAAGGGUAAUAUUUUUCAUCCCUGUACUUAUGGCUUGGCACAGUUUUAGGCAGAAUUUAGAGUCCUGAUGUCAAUAGGCAUGUUACAAACCAUGACUAUGUUUUGCUUGCACGAGUAGCAGUUUGUAGAAUCAGGCCCUUAUUUUUCUGAUUGUGUAUUACAGGUUUUUUUUCAAUUAAGGGCUAUUUUUCUAGUCUUAAUUGCU